CUCUCUCUCUCUCUAUUAAAUGGCCCAAACCUCAUGUUCUCUCACUCUACAAUCUCUCUCUCUCUCUCUAUGAUCGCUGCUUCAAAAUUAAUUUGAAUUUAAGAGCGUGCAGUGCCGUCGAUCUUGACCUUCAAUGCUCCCCCAUUUUCAUUUUCUUCUUUCUCUCUCUAUAUCUAUAACCAGUAGCGAGUGAUUGUGUAAGAGGCUGGACUUUGAUUGUCUCUCAAAUGCAGCUCUGAACAAGUCUACUUCAGUGAAUUGAUUGGUGCUUCGUUCAGCUUUUGGAUUACCUGCCCAAUCAACUGGUGGUUCUGUGAAAAUCAGACAAAUUAAGAUGAUGAUGAGGAGGAGACUCGCUUGCUGUACACGGGACAGAGAGAUAAGCUUGGACUUUGAUGAACAAGAGAGAAUAAUGACGUAUAAUGGCCUUGAGAGUUGCAUUCUGAACAGUCACUCUUAUGAAAAUGAAAGUGGCACGAGCAGAGGAGAGGGAUGUGCAACUGACUCCUUGGAUGAAGAUGACUCAAGCUGUUCUUCAAGCAAUAAUGCUUUUGGAUCAUUCUCUUCUCACUGGAUGAUGAUGAAGAGGGAUGAGCAUGGACUGGAUGACUGGGAGGUCUCAGAGAGCCCCCAACAUUUUUAUGUAAAAGAGAAACCUGCAUAUACCAUUCAGUUUUCAGAUGUGGAUACCAUGAAAGAAAAAUUUGCAAAGCUGUUAUUGGGUGAAGAUAUUACAGGAGGACGCAAGGGGCUCUCCACUGCAUUAGCAUUGUCCAAUUCCAUAACGACUCUUGCAGCAUCAGUUUUUGGGGAGCUGUGGAAAUUGGAGCCAUUGCCAGAGGAAAGGAAGAGCAAAUGGCGAAGAGAAAUGGACUGGUUACUCUCCCCCACAAACUAUAUGGUUGAGUUGGUUCCUGCUAGGCAAAAUGGUGCCAAUGGCCGGACUGUGGAGAUAAUGACCCCGAAAGCUCGUGCAGACAUCCAUAUGAACAUUCCGGCACUUCAGAAGUUAGAUUCAAUGCUUAUUGAGACACUGGAUUCAAUGGUUAGCACUGAAUUUUGGUACGCGGAAGGAGGCAGCCGAGCAGAAGGAAGGAGCAGGAGUGCAAGACAGAGCAAAAGGUGGUGGCUUCCUUCGCCCCAAGUACCAAUUUCUGGGCUAUCAGACUCUGAAAGGAAGAAAUUGCUACAUCAGGGGAAAAUGGUCCACCAGGUGCUCAAGGCUGCCAAAUCCAUCAAUGAAAAUGUCUUGCUUGAAAUGCCUGUUCCUAACAUCAUCAAAGACACACUUCCCAAGUCUGGAAAGGCAAGCCUGGGCGAAGAACUGUACAGAAUCUUGACUUCAGAAUCAAAGUCAACUGACGAAAUGCUUACUUCUCUCAAUUUAAAAUCUGAAAACAGUGCCCUUGAAGCUGUUAAUAGGUUGGAAGCCGCAAUAUUUGCUUGGAAAGAGAAAAUUACAGAGCAAGCCAGUGGUAGAUCUCCAGUUCGAACAUCAUGGUCCUUCAUAAAAGAUCCAAUAUCUGAGCUUGAUAGGAUGGAGUUCUUAUUGUACCGAGCAGAAAAUCUUCUACAGCAGCUCAAGAGCAGGUAUCCUAACCUUCCCCAGACAUUUCUCAAUGUCACGAAAAUCCAAUAUGGCAAGGAUGUUGGCCACUCAAUACUAGAAGCAUAUUCUCGGGUUCUUGGUAACUUAGCAUUCAGCAUACUCACUCGGAUGGGAGAUAUAUUGCAAGAAGAUGUUUUGAGCAAUCCUAAUUCGCCGGUUGCAUCAUGUAACUUUCCUGGAAUCUCAGAUACUCCAGUGCUGAGCCAACGCGUAAGGCACUCACUCAUCGAUCAAAUGAACAAUGUGGACGGACAGUUACGCGACUCCAAUACAAGUCAUGCUUCUGAAUUAGAACUUUCAUAUGGUGAAGCCAGAACCAGUUCAGUGAGUGCAACACCUAGUUGGAGUCGAGUGUGGUGCAUCAGAAGAGAGGCUUGUGGCAGUGUAUCUCCUAAAUGUUCUCCUUGAUAAAGAAGAGUCUGAUUUUCAAUAGUUCUUUCUGUAAAUGAUUUUACUAUAUGUUUAAUGAGAGAACAAUUUUUGUUGUGCUUGAACAAAACAAGUUUUCUAUAUAUAUAUAUAUAUUUUUGCAUGA